GAAGUCCGCUUCCCAACUACAAUCGGCAGCUCAGGAAUACAGUCUGCCUAACCCACUUGCACACACAUACGACACACUGAAUCCUCAUAAUGACCAAAGAUAACGAAGAGAAAACUUACAGCGAGGUCGAAUUCCUCACGGUCGAUGGGCUCAAGCUGCGAGGGCGGUUGUACUUGGGCGAAGCCAAUGGCCCGGCGUUGGUGAUGGCUCACGGGUUUAACGCGGUGAAGGAAAUAGUCAUCCCGUGGGCGGCGGAGGUCUUCCAAAAGAAUGGCAUCAGCGUGCUCCUGUUCGACCCACGCAACUAUGGCGAGAGCGAGGGGAUGCCACGGCAAGAGGUGGACCCGGAGAAGCAAAUCGAGGAUUACUUCGACGCGGUGACCUUUCUGCGGCAGCAGCCCGGCAUCGACCCGGAGGCGAUCGGGCUCUGGGGGGUGUCGACCAGCGGGGCCACGGCCAUCGGGGCCGCCUGCUUUGACAAGCGGGUGCGGCUCAUCAUCUCCGUGUGCCCGCUCAUCGAGGCGACCUUUCGGGAGGAGAUGGUGCCGGACGUGAUGGCGCAGAUCAUUCGCGAGCGCGAGGCCCUCGUCGCGGCGCGCACCGCCGGCCAGCAGUCGCCCCAGCCGACUCUGGUGCCGAUGAUCAACCAGGUCGGCGUCAGCCCGAUGGGGUUCAACGCGAUCCACGGCAAGAACUUCUACGAGGAGAUGCCGUGGUUCAAGGAGACGGCCCCCAACUUCCGGCCGCACACCACCACCCUCACCUACUACAAGAUGCUGCGCUGGCACCCCCUCAGCAACAUCCGCUGCCUCAGCCCCACCCCCAUCCAGAUGCUGAUCCCCGGCAAGGAUGAUGUCUGCCCGACUCAGGAGCAGCUGGACUUCUUCGAGGCCCUGCCGGGUCCCAAGCGGAUGGAGUAUUACGAGGAUCGCAACCAUCAUGGCCUGUUGCUGGGCUCUGCUUUUGAGGGCGUCAUGGAGGCUCAGGUGCGCUUUGUGCAGGAUGUGCUGGCCGGGAAAUUCGCGCUGAAGAGCGGAAGCCAGUAAUGUUUGUGAUUGUGUGUGUGUGUGUCUAACUCGCACAUGUAGCGAGAUCGAUGAGUUCUAAAUUGCAAAUCUAAGACAGUCGAUUCGUCAAGUCAGCACCG